GAGGCCUCAUCCAAUCAGACUAGACCUCAGAAGUGCCGGGGUAAAAUGUAUGUCCGACUGGAAAACAAAUGAGAUGAGCACAAAAGAGUGAAAACAACUGUCAUAACUACUAUUUGUGGAACAGGAAAGGAUCAUUUGCUAUCUAGGAUUCAUUGGUUGCCAUGGAAGCGGAGGGCUUUGGAGAGCUCCUGCAGCAGGCGGAGCAGCUUGCAGCGGAAACUGAGGCUGUGUCUGAGCUUCCCCAUGUUGAGAGGAACCUUCAGGAGAUCCAGCAGGCUGGAGAGAGGCUACGUUCCCGCACCUUAACCCGAACGUCGCAAGACGCUGCUGACGUAAAAGCCUCUAUCCUCCUGGGUUCCAGAGGCCUGGACAUAUUCCACAUCUCCCAGCGUCUGGAGAGCUUGAGUGCUGCCACCACCUUUGAACCUCUGGAGCCAGUGAAAGACACUGACAUCCAGGGCUUUCUGAAGAAUGAGAGGGACAAUGCGCUGCUCUCUGCAAUCGAGGAGUCACGUCGCAGGACAUUCCUCUUGGCAGAGGAGUACCACCGUGAGUCCAUGCUGGUUCAGUGGGAGCAGGUGAAGCAGAGAGUACUGCACACCUUGCUGGGAGCAGGGGAAGAUGCUCUGGACUUCAGCCAAGACGUAGAGCCCAGCUUUGUGAGUGACGCAGGGACUCCUGGGCGGAGUGCUCUUGACAGCGUGGAGGUAGCCUAUGGACGACAGAUCUACGUCUUCAAUGAGAAGAUAGUGAACGGACACGUCCAGCCCAACCUGGGAGACCUCUGUGCCUCAGUGGUAGACAGCCUGGAUGACAAGAACGUGUCAGAUAUGUGGCUGAUGGUGAAGCAGAUGACAGACGUGCUGCUGGUCCCAGCCAAAGACACGCUGAAGAGCCGCACGUCCGUGGACAUGCAGAUGGCUUUCGUCACGCAGGCCCUGCAGUUCCUGGAGAACAGCUACAAGAACUACACCAUGGUAACGGUGUUUGGGAACCUGCUCCAGGCCCAGCUGGGCGGAGUCCCUGGCACCUAUCAGCUGGUGUGCAGCUUCCUCAACAUCAAGCUACCAGGGCCUCUGCCAGGCAUGCAGGAUGGUGAGGUGGAGGGUCACCCAGUCUGGGCUCUGAUCUACUACUGCCUUCGCUGUGGGGACCUGGGGGCUGCCAUGCAGGUGGUGAACCGGGUUCAGCACCAGCUGGGAGACUUCAAGACCUGGUUCCAGGAAUAUAUGAACAGCCCUGACAGGCGCUUGGCCCCUGCCACAGAGAACAAGCUGCGUCUCCACUACCGCAGAGUGCUGAGGAACAGCGCUGACCCCUACAAGAGGGCCGUCUACUGCCUCAUUGGGAAGUGUGACAUUGCAGACAACCAUGGAGAGGUGGCCGACAAAACCGAGGACUACCUGUGGCUCAAGCUCAACCAGGUGUGCUUCGAUGACGACGGCAGCAGUGCUCCUCAGGACAGACUGACACUGGCCCAGCUACAGAAACAGCUUCUAGAGGACUAUGGAGAGUCCCACUUCUCAGCCAUCCAGCAGCCGUUCCUGUACUUCCAGGUGCUGUUCCUCACGGCCCAGUUUGAGGCUGCUGUGGCUUUCCUGUUCCGGGUGGAGCGUCUACGCAGUCAUGCUGUUCACGUGGCUCUGGUUCUCUACGAACUAGGGCUGCUGCUCAAGUCAUCUGGACAGAGCGCACAACUGUUGAGUCAGGAGGCUGGAGACCCCCCUAUGGUCCGACGGCUCAACUUCAUCCGUCUCCUCAUGCUCUACACACGCAAGUUUGAGUCCACAGACCCCCGGGAAGCUCUACAGUACUUCUACUUCCUACGGAAUGAAAAAAACAGCCAAGGAGAAAACAUGUUUAUGUGCUGUGUUAGCGAGCUGGUGAUUGAGAGUCGAGAGUUUGACAUGCUUCUGGGAAGACUGGAAAAAGAUGGCAGCAGGAAGCCUGGAGUGAUUGAUAAAUUUGCCGGAGACACGCGAGCCAUUAUCACAAAAGUGGCGCUGGAGGCAGAGAACAAGGGCCUGUUUGAGGAAGCAGUCAAACUGUAUGAGCUGACCAAGAAUCCAGACAGGGUCCUAGAGCUGAUGAACAGGCUGCUGAGUCCUGUUAUUGCCCAAGUGGGCUCCACCCAGUCCAAUAAGGAGAGACUGAAGAACACCGCUGUUGCCAUCGCUGAGCGGUACCGGACCCAGGGUGUUGCUGGAGAGAAGUCUGUGGACAGCACCUUCUACCUGCUGCUGGACCUCAUGACCUUCUUUGAUGAGUACCAUGUUGGUCACAUAGACCAAGCCUACGAUGUUAUGGAGAGACUGAAGCUGGUCCCUCUGAGUCAGGACAGUGUGGAGGAGAGGGUUGCUGCAUUCCGUAAUUUCAGUGAUGAGGUCAGGCAUAAUUUGUCGGAGGUUCUCCUGGCCACCAUGAACAUCCUGUUCAUGCAGUACAAACGUCUGAAGGGCGCCACAGCAGGAGCCCCUGGUCGACCACAGAGAUCCAUGGAGGACAGAGACUCGCAACUGCGCAGCCAGGCUCGAGCACUGAUCACGUUUGCUGGGAUUAUCCCAUACCGCAUGGCAGGCGACACCAAUGCCCGGCUGGUGCAGAUGGAGGUCCUAAUGAACUGACUCCAGAAUACCCCAAAGCCCCAGCCAUACCCACCCUUCUCAUUAACUGUCGGAUUUAUUUGAUUUUUUAAAGCAUUUUUCCCAUUUCUUUGUCCUUAUGUUGUUCCAUAUUUGUAUUUUUUCACAAGUCGAAAUAAAAUGUCAGUUCAAUUUAAUUUCUUAUGCAUUAAUUUAAUUAUAAACCCCACUAUUUGAUUCAUUUUAAUUUAGUUUGGCAGUUUGCUUAUUGUUUUUUCCAUUGUUAUGCAUCAUAAUGGUCAUCUAUUAAAUGAUUAGUGGUAUGAGUACCUCCUGGAUUUAAAGAAAACACUGAAAGAAAUAUUUUUACUCUUAGAUUAAUUUGGGAUUAUUAAUUUAAAAAUUAAUUGUGGCUUUUGAUAUUAUUUUAUGGUAAAAGGGAUAGUUAACAUUUUUGGCAUUGAAGCCUUCCCCCCAGAGUCAGAUGAACUCAUGGUGCUCAAACUGCAGGCAGGGACAUAAAAAUGGUAUCCAUCAGUAUAGGAAAUGUAUGCACUCACUGUAAAUCGUUCUGGAUAAGAGUAUCUGCUGAAUGACUAAAAUGUCAAAUCUGACUGGGUAAGUAGAAAAAAGGGCUUGGUUGGCAAAAUCUCAAACUAUCCCUGAGACAUGGUCUAUAGCCUAUAGUCAAGAAGCAACAGGGAAUUGGGAUUCAUUGCACAAGCCAUAAUCAGUGGUCCACGAAGAACAAAAGCUUGCAAAACAUUUUAAAGUAUUCACAAGAUGUGUGUUCUACAUUAAAAUACACCUCAACUGGCAAUUUAAAAAUAUAUAUUUUGAGAAAUCAUUGAUAAUGAGAUUUUGUGGGUGCUAGAACGAAAAUUCAACAUCCACUGUAUACUCUUCGUUGAUGGAACGGCACACAGACAAAAUGUAUCCCUGCUGGUGGCUUUCUAUUGGGAGUUAAAUGAUAAUGAUAUGUCUCUUUGCUACUAGUCAUACUGGAUUGAUUGCCUUAGAAAGGCCAAUAUGUUUCUUUGGAUAACAUUAUUUUUUUAUAACUAUGAUAAUAUCACAGCAGCUGAAGAAAUGACACCGAGUAGGUAAUAACUGAAUUGAAAGAACAUUGUGAUGGGGCUUGUCAUGUGUGACACUGCUGCACUUAUUGACAGAUGGUUAGAAGGGAAGGAAAUGCCCUGAGAGAACACAGAAGGGAGUCUUUGCUUCACUUGGCUGCACUAGAUUGUUGAAGCUGUUUCCUCUCAAACUUAACCCAUUGUCACCACAGGGGACUUGUGUUCAUUAUGGAGAGAAUCAAACUUGACUGUGCUCUUUUACUGUAGUGCUUUAACUUUUCACUCACAGCCCUUCCCGUCAUCAUUGGAUCUGUGCUGGAGUUCGUUACCUCCUCGGACUAUGAUCCUCUUUCCUUUGUUAUUGAGACGGUGCUUUUACUUUGCACCACAUCACAACCUGCUCUGGUCUGUGUGUGGAGAAGACAUGGACUGGGAGCUCCCUCUGCCACGGUGGAUCCAUUCUAAGGUGUGUGUGCUGCAGCUGGUGUUGUGAAUCAGGCCGAUGCCACACACCUGCUAUAACCCGGCUAUUUCACAACACCAGGGUGGCACUGCACCACUGCCAACGAAACGCCAAGGGCAAGCAACAAGCAGCUUCGAGGAGCCGAAGAUUAAAUGACCUACUAGAGUACCUACAGUUCAUUUGAUGAAAUGUCUGCUGUGAUUUUGAUUUCAAUUACAUGUACAAGCAUUUGAUUAAAUGUGUUUUUACUUAA